GGUGUGAUGUACCACAACCACACACACAAGCGCACAGGCAGACAGAAGCACGUCAGCAGUUCUCUCUGCAUAUUUUCCUUCACUCUCUAAUAUAUAUCCAAACAUUAAUCAACUUGUGUUAGUUGCAACUUGACCGGUGAGCCAGACCACCAGUGAAAAUGUCCGUGAAGAUCCACACCAUCGCUCUCCUUCUGCUCUCGCUCUAUCUGUGCUGGCAGCUCUCUGCAGCUCGCCAUGCUCCAAGGAGAAGGCCGUGCUGCGUUCAGGUCACCAGCCGCAAUAUGAGCGCUGACGUGGUGGGGCAAACAUACCGUGAGCAGCCUGCAGGAUCACCCUGUGUGAAGGCUAUAAUUUUCCACACAAACGACGGACCGCUUUGUGCUGAUCCGAAAGCUCAGUGGGUCAAGGAUCUCGCUGCGAACAUGACGAAGGUGUGAAGUACGAAGCCUCUGGUGAAGCAUCGCUGCCUUUCUGCAUCAUCUAUAUCUCCUUUGAAAUGACCUUUAAUUUAAACCAGAGCGCCUUCUUUUAAUAUAACUGUCUUAUAACUGUUCUUUACUUUUUUACUCUUACCUUUGGUGUAGCCUUGUAAUUUAUUCUUGCUGUUGACUUCAGUCUGUCAUGAUGCCAACAUUCUAGUUUUAUUUUAUUUUAUUUUAUUUUAUUUUAUUUUAUUUUAUUUUAUUUUAUUUUAUUUUAUUUUAUUUUAUUUUAUUUUAUUUUAUGUUUGUGCUUAUGUGCUUCUGUAAAGCUGGUACAGCUAGUGCUGUGUCACGUAAAUGUUAAUUCCAUGCCAUUAAAAUGCUCCGGAUGGCAGCAACAACAGAAGUAUGCGGUAGACGUCCAGUUUAAUGCCUAAAUAAAAACGAGCCACCCUGAAGUUUUUUUUUCUAAUCUUUGCAUAUAUGUGUUGAAAUUACAAUCUAUAGAUUUCAAUAUUACAUUUUGAAGUGAGUUUUAAUUUGUUUCAAAGGACAAAAUAACUUAAUGUCAAAUUAAUGUCAAAUGGAAAUUACCAGCAAAUUAAAUGAAAUUAAAAGCAAAAUAGUCGUUUUUCUUUGUCAUUCAAACGUGCCAGCCUCUGUGACAGAUGCCAACAAUCACUGUGUGGUUUGUUUUUUAUUCAACUACAAGAAAAAAAAACAGUCACUGUCAGCCAGAAUGGAAAAACAAAAAUCAUGACAAUACACAAAAAAUCCGUAAUUAGACUGUACAGCACAUUUAAGAGUCUGCGCCUGUUUUUGUUUGUAAUGUUGUUUCUGUUGCUGAUGUUGGGGUCAUCUUGUAAUCUCUUACAAACUACCUCCACUGCUUCAGUGACUGUUACACAAGUAAAGAGAGAUGUAACAUUGUACAAGAUCAUUGACUCAUCUGCCUCCAUAACAACAUCUCUCACCUUCCCAAGAAACAGCAAAGUGUUGUGGCUGUGGUGUUUAGGGCUGCCUGUCAACGGGUUGAGGAUCGAAGCCAGAAACUCUGCAAUGUUAUAGGUGACUGAGUGGAUCAUACAGACAGUUUGUCUUCAAGGUACACAGUCUUUAUGUAUCUUCAUUAAACCAUACAGACUUGGGUAUAGUCUGUGGUAUGAGGCCCCAUCAGUGGCAUUGUCUUGUUCUAACUGCUACACACAAUCUAUCACCCCCUGCCUGUAACCACUUCCUGGGUCUCAUUUCAGGGGCUCAUACAAUUUUUCUCACUGAGCAAUGACAAAAUUUUCUCACGAUAGUCUUUCUGUUUUAGCAAAACUGUGCACCCUCCCUUGACUGCCAGAAGGAUGAUAAUGUUGCUGUCAUUAUUAAUAUUUCUCCCCCUGAAAAUGCUUUGGGAGUUCAGAAACUACUCAUCUAGCAUCUCUAAGAGUUACAGUGAAGGGUCUAAAAGAUGAGAAUAAAUACACAAAUUUGUUUUGGACUGAAGAUGUUGCUGGGAUACUCUAACGUCCUUGGAAGUGGAACAGGGAAGCCACAUCCAUGCUAUGCACUGGUUAGUCCUAGGACAGGAGCUUGUGCUUGUCAUUUUUCUUCCCCCAAAGGAAAUGUUAUUUUUUCAUUUCUGUCUGCACAUUUUUAGUUGGCAGUUGUUUCUGGAGCAGCCCAGAAAUCAAAAACUGAAAUACUGAGUGAAGAAUUCUAUAGCAAUAUGUUAUGUAGAGCACUUUUCCUGAGCACAGUCAUACUGUGACACAGAUUUGUUGGUGUGGGGAAUAACAACAAGCUUUUUUGAUGUGUGUCACACAUUUAUGCUCUUCUAACCUUGAUGUCUGGCACAGAGUGAGUGGGUGUGCCAGAUCAGCUGCCUGUUGCUGGCACUGAUCUGAGUCGUGGUAACGAUUUAGCUAGAAAUGAGUGUUUCCUGUCUCCCCCAGAACAACCAGAAAUCCUGCUGUUGAUGUGCGUGUUCAUUGCCCCGUUGUGCUGCAUGCAUCCUCAGUUCAGAAGCUUGAUGAGUUGGUGGAGAUGCUUCUGCCAGCCCUUCCUGUGAAAGACAAAAAAAAAGAGUCUGUGCAGGGAUGAAAUACACAAUUUCGAAGCAUCUGUUGCAGCUGAACACAUAUAAUUUCCUUUUCUGUCACGUACGCUCAAACUUUUGCCACGUCUAUAUAACUUGUGGUUAACCACACGUACAGAGUUGAUGCAAGAAAUUCUGUGUAAAUGGCUGACAGAAGAGUUUAGUGCUUUUGAUACAUUCUUGCUAUAAUACUCUGAAAUAACGACUUUGUAUGUAAAAGGAGAAAAACACGAAUAUCUUUAAGUGGACUGGAUGAUGAAGGAUGAAAUUGCACAAAUUCAGGGAAACAGAAAGUGAAAUCAGACUGAACGUCUGCCUGAGGCCCGCAUCUUGUGAAAUGUUUAGUUUCUUAAUGUCACGUAUGAGUCUUAUUGUGCAUGAGUAACUCUGCUCACUGUAACUUAAGCUAUUUUAAUGUGUAGAAGGGGUACAUAGCAUCCACACUGUGGAACUUCAUCUUUGCAUUUCUGCUUUGUUCUUUUUGCUUCCCAACGACAUUGACC